CACAUUCAUCUUCCUCAAAAUAUCUCUUACAAUACCAAUUCUUCCAACUUUGCAACAAGUCAACAUGCAGUUCACCAUCGCAGCUUUUGCUCUCCUGUUCGCCGCCGAGGGUGCCCUCGCCGACCUGCAUAAUGCUGCUGCCUGCGUUACCAACAGGAAGAGCUCUCCUGUCGGCGGUACGGGUUGGUCCGUCAGCUACACCUGGGCGAAGAGCUACGAGAUCUUGCCCGACGCCACCAAGUGUGCCUGCAACCUGUACCGACAGCGCAACACUGGCAACAAGCAGUGGGACAAGUGCCCUGAUUGCACCUUUGACGGAACGAUCUGCAACAGCAAAGGCUGGCACAUUGGCGGUGACGAGAUGACCUACUACUGCGAGAAGAAGUGUGGUGCCCAGGGCGCCGAGGCUAACUGAUGGGAGGUUAGAGGAUCCAGCUAGAUCUAGAUGGGAGAGUUCUCUGAGGGGCUUUUUUUGCUAGGGUGCAUUGUUUGUCGUGUGCGUUGUUAAAUUUCUAUCCUCAAAUUCCUGUAUAUAGUCUGAUUUGAGAGCCUCGGCAUCGUAAGAGCCAAUUAUAUACGAAGCUAUUCAUUCUUGUGAAAUCAUAUUCUGUUUGCAACAAUCGGGACGUGUAGAAUCAUAAAUUACGCUUGCAUAACCGUCAUAUGUCAGACUUCGACCAUAUCAUGCCGGAGAUAUACUUCAUGACGCCCAAUUUUGUUAUUUUAUAGUUUCUUUUUUUCGCGGUAGCUACGUGAUUU